CCACUUCUCAUGUGAUAAAUGGACGGACAACCAGAAUGUGAUCGUGAACAUGCCCAAAUUCAAACAUAAAUUGUCAGGAAGAAGCAUACAAAAAUCUGAGGGAAAAUUUGUACAGAAGUAAAAACUUCAAAAGCGGACUCCUUGCGGUCAUAGAAAAAUGAACAUUGAAAAUACUACACCACAGAACACAUUUUUUAUUCUAUGAUCCCCCUCACUCCCUCCACACGUCACGUUUGACAGUGGCUGUCAAUGCUGUCAUUCAUUAAUCUUCCAUUAUUUGAGUUUUUUGUUACAACGUAAAUCAGCAAGCGAUUUUGCCUUCCCGGAGGCUUUCAAUUCACCAAUUUGUGUAUCUAUAGACCUGGAAUAGCUCUCUAGUAAUGGGGGACGGCAACGAAGCUGAAAAGCAACCCCUGCUGACCAGCGAAAACACCAACUACAGUGGGGAUGUGUCUGGUCAACAAGCCACAGUAUCACCAAUUGGCCCAGAUGAACUGCCCCCAGCUUUCUAUCAGCCUUUGGAAGCUGGUGGUGUACCUAUGGUGACAUGUCGUGUUUGUCAAGCAAUGAUUGACAUUUCUGGGAAACGUGAUCAGCAUGUUGUCAAGUGCUCCCAGUGUAAUGAAGCAACACCUAUAAGGAAUGCUCCACCAGGCAAAAAGUACGUGAGAUGUCCAUGCAACUGCCUGUUGAUAUGCAAAAGCUCUUCCCAGAGGAUUGCAUGUCCGAGGCCAAACUGCAAACGCAUCAUCAACUUGGCACCCAGUCCUGUGACACCACCAGUACCCACCAUGCCUGGAAUGUGCAGGGUCACUUGCGGACACUGCCACGACACAUUUUUGUUCAACACCCUAAACAACGCUCUAGCUCGUUGCCCACAUUGCCGCAAAGUCUCUUCAGUCGGCCCAGACUACGCGCGAGGACGCGGCAACAUCUUUAUGGUGCUUACAUUCGUCUUCCUUAUCGUGGGAAUCGCAGUGACAGCUGGCACGUACGGAUACGCGAGAACGCACAGCAGCAUGUACGUGCUUUACGUUGGGGCAUUCCUUUUGGCCGCUGUCAUGUUCGUGCGCAGCCUCUACUAUUACUUCAUGAAGGUCAGCAUCAUCGAGGGACCCAUGUAAUCUGCGAAUAGUGCGUAUAGGACAUUGUGAAAAGGAGAUAAGAUUCGGGAUGGGUUGAUGAUGGCGAAGUGGAACUGAAGAUGAUACUGUCUUCAGGCUUGCUGAUCUGGGUUGCAAUAUGAAACGUAUUUCUGUUUACUGCAAGCAAUUUGCUAAAGUUUUUUUUUAUAUAUAUAUACUGAAGUCGCGUAGACAGAAACCUAAAGAACAGGGCACCGCGACUCCUUGCGACGCUUUGUUAAUCCGAUUUUUGAACUGACUAAGGUUAGCAGAAGAAGUUGACAUUGACAUGACACACAAUUCUCAAUCGUUGGAAAUCCGGUGUCAUACAACCGCGAUCAGACUGAUGAUUUACAGAACCGCAAAUUCAUAUUCUGCUUCCCUAAAAUCUGUUCAGUUACAAAAUUAUCACGAUUGAUGAACAACACAUCUCUACAGAAGUUACAUUGGUUGUCAAACAAACUGAAUCGCCAAGUAGACGCCUGGAUUCUGGAACAGUUGUUUUAAAGUUGCUAUCGCAUCGAGGAGCUCGAGAGGUCUUCGUUUUCACUUAUUUCUGGUUGAAUAUUGGAGAUGGGUCACACUUGAUAUGUAGGCUGACUGCUAGAAGCGUAUCUUUGCGGAUUGGUGAAAACGAAAGUGUGACUAUACCCGAGUCCAAAAAAGCCCUGCUUUGAUUACUUUGUCGAUCGAAAAUUGUUGAUUUGCUUUACUUUUUUCCUCUAUUUAUACUGUCUACUAAUCGCGGUUGCUUUACAGUAUUAGGAAUAAAUAUUGCUUUCAUGAAUUGUGAUGGAUAAUAAAACUAAGUUGGUACCAGAGCCAGAAUAUAUCUAGUCUAGGAAUUGGUUAUGCCAUUUAUCAAACCACCUUUCAGUACAGCCAAUGACUAAUUUCAUCUAACAAAUUGUUUAGAGUCAAUAGAAGCCCGAAAAAUUAUCCUUAUUUUUCCCUGUAGUAUUAAAUGGAAUAGGUUUCCAACGGUCUACAUAUAAAGUUUCACAGACAUUUAAACUUUUUGUUAGAUGAUAUGACAACGAUAUGUUCAUUGUCUGUGCAUGUUUUAGUAUUAUGCUUUUAGACAAUUUUGAAGAGUACCUCGGCGUAAUAAAUGUGUAUAAACGGCAUCUUUACUCACUACUGUGUGAAUUUUGCAUCACACAUAUUUUAUUUGGAGGUUGAAACAUAGAAGCAUUAAUCUACGUGUACAAAGUGAAGUGUUGUAAUCAUUGACUAGAGACGACUUUGAUGCUUAUCAUAACAAUGGCCCCAAAACCUAUCCCUGUGGAACGUUCGUAUCAAUUUUUAUCUCACAUCUCAUGAGCAGCGUUUUUUACAUUGCCGCAUUUAUUAGACAGCUUUGAGGGUGACUUGAGAGUUCUGUAUCACUGAGCAGUAUUGCAAUUUUAAAAAAUUGUUACUACGAAAGUAAGUAUGUUUCACUUUCAUCAUAUUUGAGAGUUUUGAGACACUGAUUAAAAAUGUCUGAUUGACAGAUUCUAUUUUUGUGGCAGAUAUUAAACUCUCUAUUAGUUGAUUAGAAAAUAAUGUCAAGUCAAUGAUUGCAAUUUAGUCAAUAUUUCUUACCUAUAUUUAAUAAAAUCAUACUGUUGUAAUUAUAAUCGUUAUUAGCAUUAUAUAUAUAUACAUAUAUUACAAAUAUCUCAUUAGAAUCUUAUGUGCUAUUAUUAUUUUAAUAUACUUAGAGAUGUUAAAGUCAAACAUAGGUUUUUUAAACUUUUUAUUUAUAUGAUUUUUGUUCAUCAUAUCUGUUAAAAUUUUUGGAACAUUCCCUUCUGUCAAAAGUUGUAAUGUAUCAUAAGUUAAGGUUAUAUUGCUUCAUUGUCAAAGUUUGUAUAAUAUUAUUGAAUAAAUUUAACAGACUGUGUAAAGGAUGGUGAUAAUAAAAUAUUUUUAAAUUAUUACAA